GGCGGUAACGUUCUGGGGUUCGCUUAGCAAUGCAAUAGUUGCUGCCAGCUCUGAGUGCCGCUGUUGGUCAAUUUUAGCUAUUUCAUCUACCGCCUUGUACAUGUCACACGGAAGAGCGUUUGCCGCAUCAACUAACUCGAAUAAGCAGAUGUACAGUCCAUCGCACUGAAUGUAAAGUAGCCUUCGUUUAGGUAUUAUGAUACAUAAUGGCCAACGCCUUUAGAUUUUCUAUGUAUUGUUUUACCUUGAAUUUAUGUUUCGUAAUCCUGAGACUCCUGUGUAUCGUUGACGGUGGUUGGAAGAUUUCUCGAUUUUGGAAAUGGCAGCAUCUUCUGCUCCUCUGUCUGUGCAGAGCAGAGACGGCAUUCGGGCAGGUCCGCUAUUCUGUCCAGGAGGAGAUGGCAAAGGGCUCCUUCGUGGGCAAUAUCGCACAAGACUUGGGUCUGGACGUGCAACGGCUGAAAUCGGGCCGGGCUCGGGUUUUUACGGAAGACGGUCGUGAGUAUUUUGGUCUGAAUAUUGACAAAGGGACGCUGGAAGUGAAAGAAAGGAUUGAUAGAGAGGAGCGGUGCGGCUCGGUCUCUCCAUGCUCUCUACAUUUUCAAAUCAUACUUGACAAUCCUAUGGAGCUCCAUCGCAUAGAUGUCGAAAUAUUGGACAUCAAUGAUCAUGCUCCAGCUUUCGCGGAAAAGGAAAUAGUGAUACCGAUUAGCGAGUCUGCGAUAGCCGGCGCUAGGUUUUCAUUAGAGAGCGCUAAAGAUCCGGACGUUGGUGACAAUGCUCUUCAGUCUUAUUUACUGAAACCCACAGAUCAUUUUAUAUUGAAUUUUGAAUCCCGUCCCGACGGUACAAAGCAUGUACAAAUGCUGCUUAAAACAGCGCUGGACAGAGAGGAGCAAGAACACAUUAAUUUAUUCUUGACUGCAAUAGAUGGAGGAACCCCCCCAAAAUCUGGCACCGUCAAGAUACUCGUGAAUGUCCUGGAUGCAAACGACAAUUCUCCCGUUUUCACUCAGACAGUGUAUAAAGUGUCUUUACAGGAAAAUUCAGCUAAAGGAAUCGUGUUUUUAACAGUACGCGCGGCAGACGCGGACACGGGAACAAACGGGGAGGUAACCUAUUCUUUUUCUCAGUCCAGUGAUGGCGCGUCUGAAGCAUUUUCUAUAGACCUCAUUACUGGGGAAAUUAUACUCAAAGGUAAUAUUGAUUACGAAAGAAAUAAACAGUACGAGAUAAUUGUGAAAGCGACAGAUCAGGGUGGCUUAACGGACACUAGCAAAGUACUGAUUGAUAUUUUGGACGUGAAUGAUAAUGCUCCGGUUAUAACUGUAAUGUCGUUAUCAAGUCCUAUACCAGAAAAUGCUGCGCCAGAUACGGUCGUUGCUAUGCUGAAUAUUAAAGAUGCAGACUCGGGAAAAAACGGACAAAUUAUAUGUUUAAUCGAUGCCGAUUUACCUUUUAAAAUAAAGUCAACUUCGUCUAAUUUCCACAGUUUAGUUACUGAACGUGUUUUGGAUCGUGAAAUGGUAUCGGAAUAUAAUGUGACAAUAACAGCUACUGACGGAGGAUCACCAACAUAUUCUUCUAAAAAAACGCUAACUUUAAAGAUAUCAGAUAUUAACGAUAACGCGCCUCAGUUUGAGAAACAGUCUUACACCGCUUAUGUUAUGGAAAAUAACUUACCGGGCGUAUCAAUAUACUCAGUUAAAGCAGGUGACAAGGAUUCUGGAAACAAUGCCCAUGUUUCUUACUUACUAGAAGAUACUCAGACAAAUGGAUUUUCUGUGUCCUCAUAUAUCUCCGUGAACUCGGAGACUGGUUCUAUUCACGGUGUUCGCACUUUUGAUUUUGAGCAAAUAAAAGAAUUUCACAUUCGAAUUACAGCUCAGGAUGGAGGGUCUCCUCCUUUACGAGGAAAUGCAUCAGUUCACAUUAUUAUACAGGACCAGAAUGACAAUGCACCUCAGAUCCUCUACCCAAUACAGACUGGUGGCUCCUCGGUGGCUGAGAUGGUGCCUCGUUCAGCUGAUGUGGGCUAUCUUGUCACUAAAGUGGUGGCCGUCGAUGUGGACUCUGGACAGAAUGCCUGGCUCUCAUAUAAGAUGCAGAAAGCGACAGACAGGGCGCUGUUUGAAGUGGGCUCACAAAACGGGGAAAUCAGAACUAUACGCCCGGUCNACUUUACAGCAUAUGCACAACUACGAGGUGUAUAUGACGACUGA